AAGAGAAAGAAAAAGAAAAAGAAAAAAAAUCCCUGUGUUUUUAGAAGCCAUUGAACAGCAUGUCAGCAUCAGUGGGAAAGUCCUAAAGGCUUGGCAACAUCAUGGCGAGCAGCAAUGGAGGAGGAGGAGGAGGAGAGGAGGAUCUGAACCAAUUGGAGGAGCUGAGCAAAAGCCUGAAAGAAGGGGAGAGACUUCUGGCGCCGACCAGGAGACCCGAUGGGACCCUCCGUAAGCCCAUCCGGAUUAGGGCUGGCUAUGUCCCUCAAGAGGAAGUCGCCAUUUACCAAUCCAAAGGCGCCUUGUGGAAAAAGGAGAUGGCCUCGCAAGCAGGGCCUCCGGGCUAUGAUCCUGAAUUGGAUGCAAAACCCAAGACUAAGUCAGUAAAGAGGAAUGAAAGAAAGAAGGAGAAGCGGCUACAGGCUGCUCUUGAAAAGGAUAAGAACUCGGAGCAAGCACUAUCUGGGGAGAUUGAAAAUGAAGAAGCACUACAUGUUGAAGAUUUGGAUAAUGGAUCGGAAUCUGUCAAGCAGUUAAUGUCUCAGAUGAAUGAGUUAGCUGUUUCUGCAAAUGUUACUGUAAUCACCCCACCCUCAGACUCAACAGAGGGUUCAAAUUCAGGAAAUCCAGUUCAAGAUAUUGAUAAAAGAAUUCGAGCACUUAAAAAGAAGAUUCGACUUGCUGAAUCUCAACAGCAGAAAACUGCACAAGAAGAUAUGAAGCCAGAACAGUUGGACAAACUGAUAAAGCUUGAAGGCUGGCAUAAGGAGCUAAAACAUUUGGAGGAUAAAAAAGCUGAAAUGGUAGCAUCUUGAAUUAGGAUUGGGGUCGGAGAAACUGUUUAGUUUCUUUCCUUGAUGCUUUCUUGAUAAAGUUUAGAACCCUGUAUGGUAGGAACAGAAGUUCAUCUAUCUAGAUUUUGUUCCUUCAGCUGUUUUAUUACACAUGAUUGACCAUAUGAGUUAAUUGUCGCAGUUGUUCCACCA